GAUUUUAUAACGAAGAACACUCUGCUCGUACUCCAGUAUUCAUCCCUGGAAGUUGAAACCCUAACAGGCUUGCGGUUAAUUUACCAUUUCCAUUUCCAAAAUUGACCAAGAAAACAUCAGAGUAGACUCAAUGGCCAAUUUUCUUAUAGGCAGAACCUUGAGAUCGAUCAGAACCCCGAGCUUCAUCUACCGCAAUCGCCACUUCAGCUCUAUCGCCAACGUCCGGCAGAACGAACGCGAAGGUUCUGCGUCGUCGUUCACGUUCAACAGGGAAAAGGAUGAUAGCAUAUACGUGAAGGCACCGAAUGAUCCGAGUCAGAAAGGCGAGAGGGCGUCUUCGGUAACUAUGCCGACGUCGUUCAUGACGGGGUCAAUUGUGGGGAAAAGAUUCUAUCAGAAAGGGACCACAAGGGAGGCUGACGAUGGCAAUGGAUGGACGGUGAUGCUUGAUUAUAGGACUCUCAAAACUCCUUCUAAAAGGCCUCUUAAGUUGCCAACUUUGGCCCUCGCCAAGGCGAUUGCUGCUGAAUGGGAAUACCAGCAAACAGAUGGGAUCCGACCCUUUACGAUGCCUCUCAUGAAACUUGCCUGCACAGCACUGGAGAGAGUUCCAGUUACUCGUCCAAAGAUUAUUGAACAUUUAAUGAAGAAAUUCAAUCAAGAUUUAGUAUUUUGCCGAGCUCCUGAUGACAAUGAUCUCACAAGCUGUGUCCAUGAAAGGCAGGUGGAAAAAAUUGAUCCUUUGCUUGAUUGGAUAGAAUCAGAAUUUGGUUUUAAGCCUAUUUUGUACUCCAGCAUUUUUGGAGGGAAGCAGGACGAUGGUCUUGUGAAAGCCAUAGAAAAUGUUUUAAAAAGGACAGAUGAUUGUGAAUUGGCGGCUAUUGAUGCAAUGGCAGCUGCAGCACACUCUUUAGUCAUUGCUAUUGGCAUUUUUCGUGGGAAAUUGCAGAUUGAGGAAGCAAUUGAGUUGAUUAGACUUGAAGAAGAUUUACAGGUAGAUAAAUGGGGUUUGGUUGAAGGUGGGCAUGACCUAGAUAUAGCAGAUCUCAAAGUACAAAUUUCAUCAGCUACUGUCUUCCUUGGUCUUUCCCGAAGGAUUUGAUCUUCAUCUAUGACUGCACAGGUCGUCAUUUCAUGAGUUGGUUUUGAUCUACUUGAUCUAUUGUAAAUUAGAUUUCUUUUAACAUUAAUGCUCAAAAUUUUGGAGAAUUUUAUUGCCCUUCAUAAAUGAGGUUAGUGAAAAAUUGGAUGGUAGAUUUUUACCCUCUUGAAUAAUCAAGAAGUUUUUAUAAUAUGUCUUACUCAUAGGUGUUGUCAAUUA